AUGAAAUCGUUCGUGGAGCGUACCCGGCACGACAUCGUCGAAUGGUGGGAACGGUACAUGAAGUCGGAGGACGAGCGUGCCCGGAUCACCACGUUCCUCUUGCAGGACUUCAGCGAGGAUAUGCUGGAGGAUAUGCGCGAGCUGGACAGUUUGAAGCAAUUUUACGGCGAGAAUGAGCAGAUCUUCCAGAUGGUGCUGCAGCGGCAGGAGAUAUGGGACCGGAUGUUGGCGCUCGAGUACAAAUCGAAUGACCCGACGCGCUACAAAAACUGGCGUGGCAAGCUGCUGGAGGAGGAAAAGCAUGGGCGUAAGUUCACCGUGAACGGUACGCAGGAGGAGGAGCUGAUCGAAGAGCAGUGGAUGCAGCGGGAGGAGAGUAAGCAUCAAAAAUCGAGCGCACGGAAGAAGGCGAAUGGCGUGCUGGGUGUGUCGACGGUCGGGCGCACCUCGAACCGGGUCGGCGAUUCGAUGGUCAAAUGCUCCUCCAUCGUGAGCAGCAAUCGGUCGCGGCUAGUGACCGGUGGUGGUUCGGCGCUAAAAGCAUUGCCGACACCGUUGGUAACGGCAUCGGUCAACAAAUCAGGGUUCUGGCUGAAGCGCAAGCUGGCCACACCGACCAAUAGCAAGAUGCACGCGAAACCCUUGCUGUUGCGGGAGUUAAACAGUCCGGCUGCGGGCGUAAAGCGAACCGAGACGGCGAAGCUUAGCCUCGCGAAGCUUUCCCCCGGGAAGGUGCCAGUCGUCAAGGUGUACGAUAGCAAGGCGGGCGGUUCGGUCGCACAGAAGAGGCGAUCACGUCGGAAGUCACAGGGCAAACGGCGUAGCACUUCGGUCGUGAUCAUCAGCUCGGUGGAGAGCAACAUCCUGCAGGAAUCGGUUUGUUACGAAAAGAUUGAGAACUACUUCGAAAAUAAUGUCCCUAACCGGUCAUUGGUGGUGUUGAAAAAGCAAAGAACACGCCUGCACCAGCAACAGAUGGUGGAACCGAUCAAACCGCUGCCAUCCGAUACCAGCUUGAUGGAGGGGGAAGAAAACGUAGAGCCAAUGCCAAUGGCCCCCAUGCUGCCACCGGUACCGAUGAGCUUCUCGCACUCACCUGCUGCUGCUGGGUCGUUGAGCAUGCUGACACGAUCGCCUGGCGUGGCUAAUUCAACCUCGAGCGGCAAUACUACGUGGGGUGACUGA